AUGAGAAAAUCUCCGGUUGUUCCGACAAGAACACAAGCAUGGUUUUGCUUUGUUGCAGAUCAGAUAUUAGGGUAUGCGAUGGUGAGUGGAGGAUCAGCUGCUUUAGGAGUGACGAAUAUGAACAGAACAGGAAUCAGACACAUGCCUCUUCCUAAUUUCUGCAAGUCUCUUGGUUUUUUCUGUGACCAUCUCGCAAUCUCCGUCUUCUUCGCCUUGUUCGCGUUUCUCCUCCUCGCUGCUUCUUCUGUUCUCGAUGUUCUCCGUCUCUCAGGCGACUGCUAG